ACAGAGAAAAACGUAGAGAUCGACGACGAGGACCGGAGAAAAAAAAAAAAUGGCGAAACCGUUGGGAACAACCGGAGAAUUUUUCAGGCGAAGGGAUGAGUGGAGGAAGCAUCCGAUGCUAUCGAAUCAAAUGAGACACGCACUUCCAGGUCUCGGAAUCGGUGUUGGUGCCUUCUGCGUAUACCUCGUCGGUGAGCAGAUCUAUAGCAAACUCAUGGCACCAUCUACUCAAUCAUCGCACCAGAAACAACCCGCUCCGUCUCACUGAGAGAGAGAAAGAGCGAUUA